AUGUCGCUCGCCCGUUCCGCCGCGCCCGUUCGAAGCGCCCUUCGCACCGCUGCCAACCAGCAGCAGCGCUCCUUUACCACCGCCAAAGCUUCCGGCAUCUCCACCGCUGCCGCUGACGAUGGGGCAUUGACCUCCUCCGUCACCGUCGCCGUCAAGGCCGGUUCCCGCUACGAGACUGCUCCCGGUGUCGCCCACGUGCUCAAGAACUACCUCUUCAAGUCGAACCAGAAGCGUUCUGCUCUGCAUCUCGUCCGCGAGGCCGAGUUCUACGGUGGUGUUCUCUCCACCGCGCUCACCAAGGAGCACCUGCUUCUCACCGCCGAUUUCCUGCGUGGUGACGAGGACUUCUUCGUCGAGGUGCUCGGCGACGUCCUGACCAAGUCCAAGUUCGCCGCCCACGAGUUCAACGAGGAGGUGCUCCCCCAGGUUCAGGCCGAACACGCCCAGGCGCAAUCCAACCCCGCCGUGCUCGGUUACGACUCGUUGCUCCAGACCGCCUACCGUCAACGCAGCCUCGGACACUCGCUCUUCGCCUCGCCCGCCUCGCCCGUCUCCCACCGCCAGACCGUCGACUUUGCCCACGCCGCUUUUGCCAAGAACAACAUCGCCGUCCUUGGUUCCGGUAUCGAGAGCGGCAAGCUUUCGCAGCUCGUCUCGGCCCACUUUGGCGACCUUGCCGCCAACGCUUCCGUCUCGAGCACCGCUGCCAAGUACUUUGGUGGCGAGCAGCGCAUUGCUUUCGCUGCCCCGCACGGUGCCGAGAACACGCGUGCUGCUCACGGUCACUUCUUUAUCGCUUUCGAGGGUGCUGGUCACAAGGACGCUGCCGCUGCCGCCAACUUGGCCGUGCUCCGCUCGCUCCUCGGCGGCGAGUCGUCGGUCAAGUGGAGCAACGGUGUCUCGCCCCUCUCCCAGGUCGCCGACAAGGUCCAGGGCGCCCAGGCCAACGCGUUCAACCUCACCUUCUCCGACUCGGGCGUCUUCGGUGCCCACAUCUCGGCACCAACCGCGUCCGUCCAGCAGGCUGCUAGCCAGGUCGCCCAGGCACUCAAGAACGUCGCUGGCGGUCUCAAGGAGGAGACCAUCAAGGCCGCCAUCGCCAAGGCCAAGUUCGAGCGCGCAUCCGUGCUAGAGAACCGCACCGCCUCGCACGAGCUUGUCAGCGCCCAGCUGCUCGAAGUGGGUAACGUCGCCACUUUGGAGGAGACCUUCUCGGCGCUGGAGGGUGUCAAGGCAUCGUCGCUUUCGAGCGCUGCCGAGAAGCUGCUCAAGAGCAAGCCAACCACUGUUGCCGUCGGUGACGUUCACCAGCUUCCUUACGCCGACGAGGUUCUUUAA